CACCGGGAACACAUGAGAGAGCGCACUUUGGGAGAUUUACCCUCAUUGUUGACCAUCCAGGCGACGGAUGUGACGGUUCCGAGGAGUGUUUCUGAAGUCAGAGAAGGAACGAGACUGCAAACAUGAUCUCUCGAUACAAACCGAGUCCCGGCUCCACCAUGUCCUUGGCGUUCUGUGGGAACGAGAACAACUCGGUGGCCUAUAACGUGGACGGGGGCGUUCUGAACAACGGCUGUUUCCUGGAUGCGCUCAACGUGGUCCCACAUGUUUUCCUCCUCUUCAUCACCUUUCCCAUCCUCUUCAUCGGUUGGGGCAGCCAGAGCUCAAAGGUCCACAUCCACCACAGCACCUGGCUCCACUUUCCUGGACACAACCUGCGCUGGCUCCUCACCUUCGUCCUGCUCUUCAUCCUCGUCUGUGAGAUCGCCGAGGGAAUCGUCUCCGAUGGGUUCAGCCAGUCCCUCCACCUUCACCUGUACAUGCCUGCAGGUCUGGCCUUCAUGGCCGGCAUCACCUCUAUCGUCUACUAUCAUAACAUCGAGACCUCCAACUUCCCCAAACUACUACUAGCUCUGCUCAUCUACUGGGUUCUGGCCUUCAUCAUGAAGACCAUCAAGUUUGCCAAAUACACCGAGCACGGCAUCGGCCCCAGGCAGCUCCGCUACUGCAUCACUGGACUGCUGGUGCUGCUCUAUGGACUCCUACUAGCUGUAGAGAUCAAUGUCAUCCUGGGCAGGCGCUACAUGUGUUUUGCCAACCCGACAGAAGUGAAGCCCCCCGAAGACCUCCAAGACCUCGGCGUUCGUUUCCUGCAGCCCUUCGUCAACCUGCUGUCCAAAGCCACCUACUGGUGGAUGAACACCUUCAUUACCUCGGCUCACAGGCGACCCAUCGACCUGAAGGUCAUCGGCAAACUGCCCAUCGCCAUGAGAGCGCUCACCAACUACAUCAAGCUACGCAAGGCCUUCGAAGACCAGAAGAGGCCUCAGGGCACAGCACCCCAGGGUCCAAAGUGGAUCUGGCAGGCCUUGAGAAAAGCAUUCGGCAGACCUCUUAUCCUCAGCAUCACAUUCCGCUUUUUGGCCGACCUGCUGGGCUUCGCCGGUCCUCUGUGCAUCUCUGGCAUCGUCCACCACAUCAGCAAAGACAAUCGCACCAUUCAGCAGCCGAUGAGGCUGCUCGGUAUCUAUUUCAUUUCCUCCAAGGAGUUUCUGGAGAAUGCGUAUGUCUUGGCUGUGCUGCUCUUCUUCGCCCUGCUCCUGCAGAGGACCUUCCUCCAGGCCUCCUACUAUGUGGCCAUUGAAACAGGCAUCAACCUGCGUGGGGCCAUACAGACAAAAAUCUACAACAAGAUCAUGCGUCUGUGCACCUCCAACAUGUCGAUGGGCGAGUUAACCGUUGCCCAGAUCUGCAACCUGGUCGCCAUAGAUACCAACCAGCUCAUGUGGUUUUUCUUCCUCUGUCCCAACCUGUGGGCCAUGCCAGUACAGAUUAUUGUGGGAGUGAUCCUGCUCUACUACCUCUUGGGAAUCAGUGCCUUGAUUGGAGCGACCGUCAUCGCUGUGUUAGCUCCUGUACAAUACUUUGUGGCCACAAAACUGUCCCAGACACAAAAGAGCACUCUGGAAUACUCCAGUGAGCGACUGAAGAAGACCAAUGAGCUGCUGCGAGGCAUCAAGCUGCUGAAGCUGUACGCCUGGGAGCACAUUUUCUGCGACAGCGUGGAGGAAACCCGGGGGAAGGAGCUCACCAGCCUGCAGGCUUUCGCUCUGUACACAUCCAUAUCCAUUUUCAUGAAUGCAGCUAUUCCUAUCGCAGCUGUGUUGACGACGUUCGUGGUUCACGUCCACAUUUCCGAAGACGCUGAUCUGUCCCCAGCUGUGGCCUUUGCCUCUCUGUCCCUCUUUCACAUCCUGGUGACGCCUCUCUUCCUGCUGUCCAGCGUGGUUCGCUCCACCGUCAAGGCUCUAGUUAGUGUUCAGAAGCUCAGUGAGUUUUUCUCAAGCGAUGAGAUUGGAGACGAACAGGAGCCCAGAGCAAUGUUGACCUCCGGCUCCAGCAAUCACAACCAAAAUAGGUACCAGGCCGUGUCAUCCUCUAAACGUUUCCCUUCGACCUCCUCCUCGAAGCCCCUGAAGGUGGUGAACCGGAAGCGCCCCCCGAGGGACGACUGGAACAACUACAGCUCGCAGGGGGACCAUGAAGGCGACGGAGCCCCUCAAGAUGUGGACCAAGACACCUGUAUCAAGAUAACUUGCGGUUAUUUCACCUGGACCGAUGGACCACCAACACUCUCUAAUGUGGACAUCAAGAUUCCUUUCGGUAAGCUGACGAUGAUCGUGGGCCAGGUGGGUUGUGGGAAAUCGUCUCUGCUGCUGGCAGCGCUGGGGGAGAUGCAGAGAGUGUCGGGAACAGUCACCUGGAACAGCCUGCCAAACCUGGAGCAUGAGGGAGAUGAAAGUCCCACUGACAGAGAUGCGGCAGGUGACGGAGACAUCAGGAAGAGAGGCGCUGUGGCCUACGCUUCCCAGAAGCCCUGGAUGUUGAACGCCACCGUGGUGGAGAACAUCACGUUUGAGAUGCCCAUGAUAAAGUCAAGAUACAAAGCUGUCGUCGAGGCCUGCUCUCUUCAGCCCGACAUCGACAUCCUUCCACAGGGGGACCAGACGGAGAUCGGAGAGCGGGGCAUCAUCCUGUCAGGUGGACAGAAACAGAGAAUCAGUGUGGCCAGAGCCUUGUACCAGCAGACCAACGUGGUUUUUCUGGACGACCCGUUUUCUGCCUUGGACAUCCACCUGAGCGACCAUCUGAUGCAGGACGGCAUCCUGAAGCUGCUGAGGGAAGAGAAGAGGACGGUGGUGCUGGUCACACACAAGCUUCAGUAUUUACCACAUGCAGACUGGAUUAUAGCCAUGAAAGAUGGAACCAUCCAGACUGAGGGGACUCUGAAGGACAUCCAGAACUCUGAGCCGGACCUCUUCGAUCAGUGGAAAACCCUGAUGCACAGACAGGACCAGGAGUUUGAAACGGAGACGGUGGCGGAGAGCAUGACGGAUCUGGAGAGGAAGAACCUGCGGAGGGCCAUGUACUCCAGAGAGGCUGCGAGGACCGAAGAGGACGACGAAGGUGGCACCCCGGGGUGGACUUGUGCGAUGGCCUCAGCACCCGCUGCUGCCCUCGUGUUCGAUCGAGCAGAGGAAUCUGUGGAGAGUGAUGACGACGACAACCUGUCUCAGGUGAUGCGUCAGCGAGCCACCAUCCCCUGGCGCUCCUGUGGAACCUACCUGUCCUCGGCCGGCUUCCUCCUGCUCGGCCUGCUGCUCCUGUCGCAGCUCCUCAAACACUCCCUCAUGGUCGCCAUCGACUACUGGCUGGCUCACUGGACGUCGCACGUCAUCACGGCCAAGUUAGAAGCCACGGCGCACAACUGCACCAUCGUUCAGGACUGCGGCUUCAGUCACUCCUGGUAUCUGUCAGUGUUCAGCGUCCUGUGCUGCCUCGGCAUCGUCCUCUGUCUGGCCACGUCUGUAGCCGUGGAGUGGACCGGCCUCAAAGUGGCCAAAGAGCUGCACCAGAACCUGCUCAACAAGAUCAUCCUGGCCCCCAUGAGGCUCUUUGAGACGACUCCGCUCGGCAGCAUCCUCAACAGGUUCUCCACCGACACCAACACCAUCGACCAGCACAUCCCCACCACCCUGGAGUGUCUCUCCCGCUCCACCCUGCUGUGUGUCUCUGCCCUGGGCGUCAUCUCCUACGUGACUCCUGUCUUCCUGUUCGCCCUGCUGCCGCUGGCCGUCACCUGCUACUUCAUCCAGAAAUAUUUCCGAGUGGCUUCCAGGGACCUGCAGCAGUUGGAGGACAGCACCCAACUCCCGUUACUCUCACACUUCUCUGAGACAGUGGAAGGUCUCACCACAAUAAGAGCCCUCAGGUAUGAGCCUCGGUUCAGACAGAGGUUACUACAGUUCACCGACGCCAACAACAUCGCAUCUCUCUUCCUGACGGCAGCCAACCGCUGGCUGGAAGUCCGCAUGGAAUACAUUGGAGCGUGUGUGGUUCUGGUGGCAGCUGUGGCCUCCAUCACCAACUCUCUCUACAACCAGCUGUCCACUGGUCUGGUGGGGCUCGGACUCACGUACGCACUCAUGGUGUCCAACUACAUGAACUGGAUGGUGCGGAACCUGGCAGACAUGGAAGUACAGCUCGGCUCAGUGAAGAGGAUUAACGGCCUGCUCAAAACUGAACCAGAGAAUUACGAGGGACUGCUCAGUGAGUGCAGCGACGCAGCUGUGUCUCAGGUGCCUGACGGUUGGCCUCGGGAAGGAGAGAUCAAAAUCCAGAAUCUCAGUGUUCGUUACGACACCACGCUGAAGCCUGUCCUCAAAAACGUCAACGCACACGUCAGCCCUGGACAGAAGGUGGGGAUCUGUGGCAGGACUGGCAGCGGCAAAUCUUCUUUCUCUUUGGCCUUCUUCCGCAUGGUGGACAUGUUUGAAGGGAGGAUCGUGAUCGACAACAUCGACAUCUCCAAGCUGCCUCUGCAGACCCUCAGGUCUCGGCUGUCCAUCAUCCUCCAGGAUCCCAUCCUGUUCAGCGGCACGAUCCGGUUCAACCUGGACCCGGAGAUGAAAGCGACAGAUGAGAUGCUGUGGGAAGCGCUGGAGAUCGCUCAGCUGAAGCCUGUAGUUAAAUCACUUCCUGGAGGCCUCGAUGCCACGGUGACGGAGGGAGGAGAAAACUUCAGUCAGGGUCAGAGACAACUGUUCUGUUUGGCCAGAGCCUUCGUCAGGAAGAGCAGCAUCCUCAUCAUGGACGAAGCCACAGCAUCCAUCGACAUGGCAACGGAGAGCAUCCUGCAGAAAGUGGUGAUGACUGCCUUCGCUGACCGAACCGUGGUUACGAUAGCACAUCGCGUCCACACCAUCCUGAAUGCCGACCUGGUGAUUGUGAUGAAGCGGGGCAUCAUCCUGGAGUACGACCGACCCCAGGCCCUGCUGGAGAAGGAGGACAGCGUCUUCGCCUCCUUCGUGCGAGCAGACAAGUAGCACAAGAAGAGGAAAGCAUUGAAAAAAAAAAGGAAGACAUUCGAAGUGCAAUUGUCCCCAUGAAAUAUAUUCCUCAUUAUUUUUUAAGCAUGUUGUAUAAUAUUUGUACAUAAAAAAUGUUAAUUCUUUGUUAAUAAAACAUAAAUUAUCAUUAAAA